AAGGAGUCUUCCAGCUCUUGCUACAUCCACAACCUCUUCUCCGCCUUAAUUCCCUUCGCUUCUCCCUUCCCUCUUUGAAAUCUCAGGGACAGAGUAGAAACUAAAUAAAAAUUGCAAACUAGGGGGAACAUUGCCUUUCUUUAAUUUUAAGCCUCCUUCCCACUCCUCCUUUUCCUCUCUGGCCCCCUAAGUCUCAGUAAAUGGUAACGGUAUUCCUUUCAAGAUGAGGUUAGCAUACUUUUUCUUUACUUUGCUACUUCAGGACUGUUUUCUGUUAAGAAGGGUGCUCGCUCAAGGGUCAGAUGUAUCCAGCAACGUGGUAACUUUUCAAGAUUGCCCUGUAGAUCUGUUUUUCGUCCUGGACACGUCUGAGAGUGUUGCCUUAAGAGAAAAGCCUUUUGGGGCACUGGUUGACAAUAUCAAGCAGUUCACCACACAAUUCAUCGAUAAGCUAAAUGAAAGAUAUUAUCGUUGUGACCGGAAUCUCAUGUGGAAUGCUGGAGCCUUACAUUACAGCGAUGAAGUGCAGCUGAUCAGUGGGCUUACCUCCAUGCGCACUGGGCGGUCUGGCUUGAAGGACCAAGUAUCCAAAGUAGUCUCCAUAGGGAAAGGCACUUACACAGAUUGUGCUAUCAAGAGAGGGAUUGAAGAGUUGCUCAUUGGAGGAUCCCAUCACAAGGAAAAUAAAUACAUGAUUGUGGUGACAGAUGGACAUCCCUUGGAAGGUUACAAAGAGCCCUGUGGGGGAUUGGAAGAUGCCGCCAAUGAAGCAAAGCAUCAGGGAAUCAAAGUGUUCUCUGUUGCCAUAUCCCCAAACCAUCUGGAAUCCAGGCUAAGUGUAAUUGCCACAGACCAAGCCUAUCGCCGCAAUUUCACAGCAACUGGACCAAGUUUACGCGCACGUGACAUUGACAACACAAUUGACACAAUCAUUGACAUGAUUACAAAGAACGUGGAGCAUGAGUGCUGUUCAUAUGAAUGCCAGCCUGCUCGAGGCCCUCCAGGACCAGCUGGGGAUCCAGGAUAUGAGGGUGAAAGAGGGAAGCCUGGCCUACCUGGAAUAAAAGGAGAUGCUGGAGAGCCUGGAAAUCAAGGAGACCCAGGGCCUGUUGGUUACCAAGGAAUGAAGGGAGACAAAGGUGAUCGAGGUGACAAGGGCUCAAGAGGUUCCAAAGGAAGCAAGGGAGAAAAGGGCAAGCGUGGCAUUGACGGCAUUGAUGGCAAGAAGGGAGAACAAGGAUUUCAUGGAUUACCAGGGUGCAAAGGAUCCCCAGGAUUUGAUGGCUUACAAGGACCACCUGGAUCAAAAGGAGACCCUGGUCCUUAUGGGCCCAAAGGAGGAAAGGGAGAGCCUGGAGUUGAUGGAAGACCAGGCAGGCGUGGAAAUACUGGAAACCCUGGAGAAAAGGGUCCUCCUGGGUCUCCUGGAGCUCCUGGAAAGAAAGGAGAAAUUGGAGAUGAGGGAAAUCUUGGCCCAGAUGGCACCUCAGGAGAAAAGGGCAGCAAUGGAGAAAGGGGGGCACCAGGUACUCCUGGUAAUCGUGGAACAAGAGGAGGCAAGGGUGAUCCAGGCCCACAGGGUGAGCAAGGCCGUGAAGGACCUUAUGGACCACCUGGAGAACCAGGUGAAGCAGGGCCACCUGGACCUAAAGGGUACAGAGGAGAUGAAGGACCUUCUGGGCCAGAGGGCCCUAAAGGACUGCCCGGGCCACCUGGAUUACCUGGAGACACUGGCCCAAUGGGUGACCGAGGAGAAGAUGGCCCACCAGGAAAUGGCACAGAUGGUUUUCCUGGAGUCCCAGGCUAUCCUGGCAGCAGAGGUGAUCCUGGUGUGAAUGGUACCAAAGGGCAUCCUGGUCCAAAAGGCGAUGAAGGAGAGAUUGGAGAUCCUGGGAGAGAAAGCAAUGCAACUGGGACCGUUGGUAUGAAAGGAGCCAAAGGAUACAGAGGACCAGAAGGCCCUCCAGGACCUCCAGGACCCGUAGGCCCUCCUGGACCAGAUGAAUGUGAAAUUUUAGACAUCAUCAUGAAAAUGUGUUCUUGCUGUGAAUGCAAGUGUGGUCCUGUUGAUGUUCUGUUUGUACUGGACAGUUCAGAGAGUAUUGGCCUGCAGAACUUCAUGAUUGCCAAGGAUUUCAUUAUUAAGGUCAUCGACCGGUUGCUCAGGGAUGAACAUGUGACGUUCACUCCAGGGGAAUCCCAUGUUGGUGUUGUGCAGUACAGCCAUGAUAAAACUCAAGAGCUUGUGGCCUUGGGAGAUGCCAAUAUUGAUAACAUUGGAGCACUCAAGGAGGCUGUGAAAAACUUGCGCUGGAUUGCUGGAGGCACCUAUACUGGGGAGGCUCUUCAGUUCACCAGGGACAAUCUGGCUCAGCGCUUUACUUCUGAAAAAAGAGUGGCCAUCGUCAUCACCGAUGGGAGGUCUGACAUCCUUCGGGACCAAACACCAUUGAGUGCUCUCUGUGGAUUCAAUACCCAGGUGGUUCCCCUGGGCAUUGGGGAUAUUUUCCAAGGUCCUCCAAACCCUGAGCAGUUAUCAACAAUUUCCUGUGGUGGUGUGUCAAUUCAACGAGAAAACUUUGCUGAGCUCCUGGAUGACACUUUCCUACAGAGUGUUGUCUCCGAAGUCUGCAAAGACAAGAAAUGCCCAGACUACACAUGUCCAAUCUCUUUUAGUGGGCCAACAGACAUCACACUCGUUGUGGAUAGUUCUACCAGUGUGGGCAGCCGGAAUUUCAAUACCACCAAGAAGUUUGUGAAACGCCUUGCAGAACGAUUCCUUUCAGCAGCCAAACCUACUGAAGACGCUGUGCGUGUCUCUGUCGUCCAAUACAGUGGAAGAACCCAACAGAAACUGGAAGUUCCAUUUGAGCAGAACUACACAGUGAUUGCUGAUAGUGUUGACAAAAUGCAAUUUAUUAAUGAUGCUACAGAUGUGAAUGCAGCUUUGAACUAUGUGACCAGCCUCUUCCGCCGAUCCUCUCGCUCUGGUGCUAAAAAGAGGAUGCUCAUUUUCUCAGAUGGCAAUUCUCAAGGCAUCACCCAGAGUGCCAUUGAGCGGGCAGUUCAAGAAGCCCGGCAGGCAGGCAUUGAAAUCUAUGUACUGGUGGUCGGCACUCAAGCCAAUGAGCCCAAUGUGCGUGUGCUUGUCACCGGAAAAACUGCUGAGUAUGACGUGGCCUUUGGUGAGCGGCACCUUUUCCGGGUGCCUGACUAUGAGUCACUGCUACGGGGCGUAUUCUACCAAACUGUCUCCAGAAAAAUAUCUGUAGACUGAGGAAAGUGGCGCAUAAAGGAGAAGCAUAUAUAGAUUUUAAAAAUUUUAAAAGUAAAAUACAGAGUUAGCAACCAAUGAAAUCCAGGUUAUUAUUCCAAGCCAUAACCCACCUGCAUCCUUGCUCUCCAGCUGUCUUACAUCCAUCCUUUAUUUUCCAUUCAUUCCUCCCUCUACAGGGAGAAAUUAUAGGUUGACUUAUUCUUGCCCUAAGAUAUUGCUUCCUAAACUGUAACUGAAAAUGUCUGUGUUUUACAUCAUAUUUGAUAAUGGUAAGCUGGGUUGAUAAAGAUGCUUAAAUACUUUAUCCUGUUAUUUUGAGAUACUAAGAAUCUUAGGAUCUUCUUUCAAGAAUAAAAUGAUCUCUUGUAUCACUGCCAAAAUUACUAUUUUUUUAACUUGCUUUUAAAAAAAUGUAAUCAGAAAGAUUUUAAGUAUUGAUUACUUUUCAGGCUACUUGGCUCUUGAAAAGUUACACUGACCCCAGAAAAAUACAAGGGGCAUUUCAUGGCAUAUCAUGAAAGCAGUUGUUGGAUAUUUCUGUAAUUAUGAGCUUCAGGUGUGCCGCCCAGUGAAAAGAUUAUUUUGCUGGAUUAAUGCCAACAACAUGAAAUAGAAUUUCUGUAUGAAAGACAGAAUCAUGCAAUAGUUAUUCUUACAUGGUGAAAUUGAGUCCAACAGAGAUAUCUUCUAGUUUGCAUUCCUAUCUAAACCAUUUUUGAACAUAAUUCUAGACCUUGCCUUGGGGACUCUUGCCUUCCAAAUGCCCCCCUACCCCAAAUUUGAGUGAUAUAGUUAAUGCUGGUGCUAAUAAUCCCUGGCCAUCUUCCCCUUCUUCAGCCAACAACCUCAAGUUUACAUUGUUGGUAUGUUUGCACACUUAUACCUGGAAGAUAUAUCAAAAUGAGGUGAGGUAGAUUGUACAAGGUUAAUUCAGUAUUUUCAAUGGUGCUAUCACUAUGAAUCCACUGUGCUUUUAAAAGAAAAACAGCAAAUUGUUGACGAUUGAGUCUUUUAUCAUUUUGUAAUCAAUAUUCCACUUUAGCACUUCAUUUUAUUUUAUUCCCGUGUUUUACUGGCAGAUGUUCACUUUGAGAUUUGUUUGAAUAAAUCGUUUCCCACAGUUUUA